AUGAUUUCAAUAGUUAGAUCACCAUUGAUCAAAUCAUCCAUCAGAUCAUUGUACAAUCCCAUCGUAUCCAAGUCAUCAUCAUCAUCUACAUCUUAUGCUCGUCAAUUCAGUUCCAGUCAAUUGCAUUUAAACAAUAACUUGGCGUUUGUGUUUGAUAUUGAUGGUGUGCUUAUAAGAGGUGAACAAGCUAUUCCAAAUGCUAAAUCAGCAUUAGAUUUAUUAAAUCAACAUAAAGUCCCCUUUAUAUUAUUAACUAAUGGUGGAGGGGUUCCUGAAGCUGAUCGUGUUGAAUUCAUAAGUUCAGUAUUGGAUUUCCAAAUUAGUCCCUUACAAAUAGUUCAAAGUCAUACUCCCAUGAAAGCUUUAGCUCAUAAACAUGCUUAUGAUCGUGUCUUGGUAGUUGGGGGUCCUGGGGAUAGUGCAAGACAUUGUGCUUUAGGUUAUGGUUUCCAAGAUGUGGUUAUGCCUAUUGAUUUAGUAAGAGCCAAUCCUGCUAUUUCUCCUCAUCAUAGAUAUACUCAAGAAGAAUUUGAUCUUUAUUCUUUAGAUCCAAAUCAAACUCAUUUAGAUAAACCAAUUGAAGCUAUCUUAGUAUUUAAUGAUCCAAGAGAUAUGACAACUGAUAUUCAAAUUGUAAGUGAUUUAUUAAAUUCAAAUCAUGGUAUAAUUGGUACUAAAAGAAAAAUUGAAAAUUUAAAACAUAGAGAAGAUCCUUCUAUACCAAUUAUUUUUAGUAAUAAUGAUUUCUUAUGGGCUAAUGAUUAUAAUUUACCAAGAUUUGGUCAAGGAGCAUUUAGAAUCAUUGUUGAAGAAUUAUAUAAACAUACCAAUCAAUUAAAACCUUCUCAACAUUUACAUUCCAUUGUCAUGGGUAAACCAUUUAAAAUUCAAUAUGAUUAUGCUCAUCAUGUUUUAAUUGAUUGGAGACAAAAAUUACUUGCUGAUGAAGUUAAUAGUACUGAACAAAUCUUACCUAAUUUAGGUGAAUCACCAAGAAGUUCUCCAUUUGAUAAAAUUUAUAUGAUUGGAGAUAAUCCUGAAUCUGAUAUUAAAGGAGGUAAUGAAAAUGGUUUAGAAACUGCCUUGGUUAGAACUGGGGUUUUCAGGGAUGAAGAAUAUGAUUCAAUUGUUGCAAAACCAACCGUGGGAGUAUUUGAUGAUGUAUAUGAAUCAGUUACAACCAUUUUAGAAAAACAUGAAGUAAUUUAA